AACCACAGAAAGCUUUUAAAAACUUUACAGAAAACAUUACAGAAUAUUGGAAUUUUGCGAAGCUGUUAUUGACAACAAAAAUCAGCUAAAUGACGUACCGUCUUCGGAAAAUUUUUUAAAUAAAGGUCUCAACACACAAACGAAGAAGAUGACAAGGAUGAAUUCGUUUAGCAUUGCAUUGUUUACUGUUUGUGCGCUGUUGCCGUGUUUGGUAGUUCACGCAUUAGCGAAUUGCCCGUCGUCGUGUGAGUGUAACGACGAUACGUUGGUUGUAACAUGCGGUCAAGGCGGCUUAGAUGUAUUACCAAUCGCAUUAAAUCCGUCAAUCACGCGACUCAUCAUCAAAAAUAACAAGAUUAAAACGAUAGAUUCGUCAAUCCAAUUUUACGCACAACUUGUUUACAUGGAUUUGAGUUAUAAUCAUUUAUUCAAUAUUCCGGGACAAACGUUUGCAUAUCAGAAAAAGUUGACAGAAUUGCAUUUGAAUCACAACAAAGUCGGCUCGAUCAGCAAUCGAACGUUCAUUGGAUUGGAGUCCCUUAACAUUCUGAAUUUGCGGGGAAAUUUUCUCGAUGAACUCGACAACAACGUCUUUCAGAUGUUGAAAAAGUUGGAAGAACUCAAUUUGGGUCAAAAUCGCAUCAAUAAAAUUGAACCAAAGGCAUUCGAGGGCUUACAAAAUUUACGAGUUCUUUAUUUGGAUGACAACAACUUGAAUGUUGUCGAUCCGAAAAUUCUCAUGCCAUUAUCUAGUCUUGCUGAACUCUUUUUGGGCAUUAAUUCCUUUUCAACGAUACCGAAAGAUGCGUUCAAAGAACUCAAAGGUUUGAAUAGCCUUAAUUUGCAAGGCGCAGCAUUAGCUAACAUUACUUUGGGAUCAUUUUCUGGCUUGGAAGGUUUACGAAAUCUUGAUUUGUCGGACAAUCGCUUGAUACGAAUCCCAACAGAAGAGCUGCGGCAAAUGACGAGAUUAGAAGAAUUAUCUUUGGGUCAAAAUGACUUUGAAGUAGUUCCAAAUAAUGCGUUUGAGGGUCUUUUGAACUUACGAAGCAUCAUAAUUACGGGAUCAACAAAGUUGAAGAGAAUUGAGGCAGAAGCUUUCGCAUCAAAUGGAAAUCUGGAAAGUAUUGUUAUUGCAAAGAAUAAAGUGCUUGUCGACAUUCAAGAUGGAAUAUUCAAUGGCUUGACACAUUUGAAAAGUAUUAUAUUAAAAGACAAUGCUCUCAGCACAUUAAGCGAAGGAAGAUUUUCAUGGAAUGACUUGACAGUUUUUGAUGUAAGUGAAAAUCCAUUCGUUUGUGAUUGCAAAGUUUUAUGGCUUCGCAAUGUGCUAAUGGGACGGAAUGUAAGCUCAAAUGAAGGAACUGUAAUUUGUGCAAGUCCCGAAAGUUUGCGCGGCGCAUCGUUAAUUAGUGUCACAAGCGAUUUGCCGGGUUGUCAUCACACAGAUCCAAAGAGACAAGCGAUGAUUGGAGCUUUGUUAGUUGCCAUUGCAGCAAUUGGAACAACACUUGCUUUGUUGAUAUUUCGUUGUCGAAAACGCAUUUGGGAGUUUUUAAAAGGGGGUUUUGGAAAUGGCGAGAAAAAACGGAAGGAACGUGAAUAUCAAAAAACAUUCUCCGAUGAAGAAUAUAUGGCGAGACAUCCGCAUGUUUUGCGAACAACACUGAAUAAUUGCGAUGUUCAAGCAGCUGCACACAUCUACAAUGCUUCUCCUUGCGGUGUCAGGGCGAUUCCGGUAACGGAACUAUAGCUAGAGGCCCCUCCGCCAUUUCGACGAGGCGGAGGCGGUAACAGCGGUUUUCAAUUCAACAACAUCAAUGGGACUCUUACAACGACAUUCCUUCAACAGCAAGCGUCUCCUUCGACAUUGCCUGCACAAACGCAUCAACAAUACCCCAAUUAUACCCCACCGAUGCCUCCGAAUUUGCAUCAACAGCAAUCCUAUAACACACAAACCCUUGCCCCUCUUCGUCUUAGUCAGGAACACUUUGUUCAGUCGAUGAACAACAAAACAAACACACUUAACGGACAUUACCCGCAUGUUCAUAGCAGUAAUAGUAGUAAUAAAUUGCCUCAUGUUCAUCCGUCGAGCAAUCGUCGAGGCUCGUCGUCGCAGCAACAGCAUCAUUAUGCCGAGGCAGAUAACAAUAAAAAUUACAGUAGAAGUAAUUCUUGUAGUAGCAAUAAUAGUAAUAGCACAUUGAGUCAUGAUAAUAGUCUCGGAAGCACAGCAAGUCCCGAUUCUCCGCCGGAAUUGCCGAUCCGAAAUGGACUCAAUGCGCGUAACAACAACCAUAAUAGCAUUCACACAAGCAACAAUAUUAGCAAAAAGCGCUAUUAUUGAUAACAAAUCGAUGUAGAAAUUUUACGAUUUUAGAGUCAUUGUAUAUAUAUAAGUUAUAUGAAAAAGGAUGUGAUCAUGAUAAUUUUUUUAAAACUUUCCUAUUUAUUUUCACUCAUAAUUUAGGUCAAGAGCAUGUAAUCAUAAUAAAUAAUAACCCGUUGUUCACACCAACAUUUGACAGAUAGACGAGCAAGCGACGCUUUUAUUGCAACUUCACAGAUAAUUUAUUGCCAUUAAAACAAAAUAAAAUGCAUUUGCGCAUCUCAUCAAAAUGUAAUUUUAUCUAUUAAAUAUGUGUGGCAUCGUGCUUAUACGAGCGACAAAUAUAUGAAUGCUGUGAAAAUUUUAAUAAUAAUAAUAGUUAGCAAUGAAAUUUAUUAUUUAAAGCCGAGAUAAUUGCGCAAAAAUUUCACACUGAUACACUUUUUUGUUUUGUUAAUUAAUUGAAAUAGAACACAUUUUUCACACAAAACUGCUCUUUUUUAAUCUACUUAUGAUUUGCCUUUUUGACUAAAUGAAUUAAAAUUGUUAUAAAAAUUUUUUGUACCUACUUUUUUUUCUUUAUUAAGUUCUAAAAAAUUAUCGAAUGAAAAAGAACAAAUUAUAUAUUAAAAUCAUAUCAAAGAAUAAAUUAUAAAAACUGUAGAUAUUUUUUUUUUUUGUUAAAAUUUUAUUACAAAAAACGUGUAAAUAUUAUAUAAAAUUAAAAUUCAAGUACUAAAAACAACUAAAUUAUAAGCAAUAUAAAAAAGUUAUAAUAAUGAUAAACAAAUAUUUCGAAUUGGUUCCUUUUUUAAUAAAUUUUAUUUUUAUUAGACUUAUGAUGUUCUGGCGAUAAACGCCGAAACUGUGACUUGAGUGACUUUAUUACUGUACUACAAUACUUACAGAACAAAAUAGAUAAAAAAAAAUGUAAAUUAGUUAGCGUUUUAUUAGCAACGAUAAAAAACGACGAAGAAUUAGUAAUGGUGUAAAUAGAUUUUAUUUUACGUUAGAAAAUAAUAA